ACCGCAGCUAGCUUCACGCGCGGCGCAGCACUCACGCUCCGUGUGCAGCGGGACGGGGAGAUUUUCAUGUCAUAUUUGAAUAGAUAUAUAUAUUUUUUUAAUGAUUUUGUUGAUUAUAUUGCAGUGAUUAUAUCCGUCGCACUCGAGGCGGAGAGGCAAUACUGUCUUCUUCUUCCGUCUGACCGUGUAGGCGUGUGUUGUUGCUAGCUGGUCAGAAGCGGUUAGCUGGACGUGACAACGUCAGUAGCAGCUAACACGAACAGCGAGGCGGAGUAGAACAUCCGCGCGGCGCUCGAGUCGUCCGUCCUAACGGCUGUUCUGUGAUCGACGGAGCCACGGGCGGCGUCAGAAAGCGAAGACGUCGCCGAGGGCCAUCGUCGCCUAGCCGAGCCGCGUGCGUGUUCGUGUGUGCGCGCGCGCACACUCCUCGGUGCCACGGAGCCGCGGAAGCUGUCCACGUCCACGCCGUGCGGCGGCGUCGCCAGCUGAGCUAGGCCACGUCCCCAGCGGGCGCAUUUCAUCCGCCGACGCCGGACGAGCCGCGGAGCAACAUGCCCAGUGUGCGGAAGGAGGAAGGGCAGCGGAGCUCGGCGGACAUGUGCAAGUGUUGAACGCUCGCGACCGUCCCCGUGUGCCCGGUGGUUUCGCGCGACAUGUCACGUAGACGGAUGUGCCCCGCACCGGCAGAGGACGCGCACCGAGCUCUGUAGGCUGCGGCAGCAGCGAGUCACGUUCACAGUCGUUGCUUUUGUGGAGAUGGUCGGGUUCGGCGCGAACCGACGCGGAGGCCGCCUGCCCUCCUUCGUCCUCGUCUUCCUGAUGGUGGUCGUCGCCAUUCUGUCGUUCAACUACUGGACAGUGUCCAACAGGCACGGCCGUCUGCUGGACGAGCUGGCCGAGGUGCAGUCGCAGGUGAAGCGCACGGACGCGGCGCGCAGCCGCCUGGAGAAGCGCAACUCGGAGCUGAUGGUGCAGGUGGAGACGCACAGGAAGCAGAUCGACCAGAGGGAUGGAGACUACAGCCUGCUGGAGGGCAAGCUGCAGGCCCGAGAGGCGCUCAUCCGGAAGUGCACCGACGACAAGAUGAAGCAGCAGGGUGAUGCCACAGCCCAAAUUACUGAAAUCCAAAGGCUGAAAGAGCAGCUGAAGGAGCUGAAGCAGGAGUUCAUGAAACAGGAGGAGCAGCUAAGAGAAGUGAAGAAAAAUAGCACUACGUUGGAAAGAAAACUGGAGUAUGAGAGUUUACAGUGUGGACGUCAGAUUGCACAACUUAAAGACGAGUAUGAAGAAUCAAAGAAGACCCUGGAGCAAGAAGCAUUAAAGCUAAGACAGAGUAUAAUGGACGGCCAAAACGGGGUAGUGGCAGGUCGACAUGCCAAUGGAGCGCCUGGUGUGGAGAUGGUUGGAGAGCGCCAUAACGUGGUCACUCACCAGCACGACGGUACAGAUUUAAAAGAAGAGAUGGGUAAGCCGGGCAGUGAUGCUGGUAUGCCUGGUAUCGAAGACAGUGAGGUGGGAAAAAUCGAUGACGUGCAGUUUGCCCUGAAGAAACCAGCUAUCACUAAGAAGCACGACGACACCCCUGAUGUGGUCGUGGGAGUUGGUGCUGGACCUGGAGUCGGGGCAGCUGAUGGCCCUGGAGGCCGGGGUCUGUCCCUGGACCAGCCCAGGCUGCAGCAGGACCGAGUGGAGAACCAAGCUGCAGUGAUUGCACCUCCAAACAUCAUCAAACAGGCAGACAAACCCGUAGUGUUCGAAGAAGACAACAAGGCAGGUAUCAAGGCAGACGAGCUGGGAGAAGAACAAAGACAACUUCGAGCUCCAGAUAAUGUCAAGGGGGACAGUGAACACUUGAGGGGGAUCGCUCUGCCCCACAACCCUGCUCAGGUGCCCAAGCCCAUCCAGCCUCACCACGCCAAAGACCAAGUCCCAGCAGAGCCAGUACAUCACCGCCAAAGCCGGUUCUUUGAUGAGAACGAGUCCCCAGUAGAUCCGCAACACGGCUCUAAGCUAGCGGACUACAAUGGGGAUGAUGGGAACGUGGGUGAGUAUGAGGCCGACAAGCAGGCCGAGCUGGCCUACAAUGAGGAAGAGGAUGGUGAUGGUGGGGAGGAAGACGUUCAAGAUGAUGAUGACCGUGACAUGCAGGGAGAUCGGGCUGUGGAUUAUGGGAAAAGACAUCAAGCCAUUGACAUUCUUUGAAUGGGAACUGAUGCAGCUGUAACUCAUUAAAAAUAUUCAGACCUUCCUCUACAACCAAGGUCUCUCUUGACAACAUAGUUUGAACAUCAUUCUGUUAAAGAAUUUAUAGGGUGCAUCCUCAAUGUCAUGGGCCAAUCAGACAUUGCAACUAAUUGAAUCUGAAUAACAUAACAUAAUAUGAAGAAGAAGAAAAAACAUGGCAUUGUCCCAAGCUGCUCUUGAGUUGCCAGUGGUUCUAAGACAGUAGAGAUGAAAUACUGUACAUUGACUGUUGAGUUUUGUUAUUUCAUAUCUUCUUCAGUUUGUGACGGGAGUCCUGUUGACUCGUAUCUGAACUUCAAGUUUGAGUUUGUGUUUUUGGUACUUUUCUUUACAGGUUGCAGUUACUUCAUAUGAAAAAACUCUUCACCUGAGAUGUUUAUCAAAGAGACUAAUUUGGCUUUCUGCCUUUCCGUCAUUAUUUUGGGACUUUUACAUGGAAGACCUUUUUUUUCUUUCUUUUUUUACAGGAAUGGGGAAAACAAAUGCCAAGGACUCUUCUUAUGGCUUAUUAAAUCAUGUUCUUUUCUUUGUGACAGACACUCAAGUCCUCCAAUUGUUUUUCUUCUCUCCUUAAUGAUGCCACCGCAUGCAUUCGAAACCUUUUAGUAAUCAAAUUGAGCAAAAUACAGAUGCAUAAGCAAUACUUGUUGGUAUCCUCCAGUGUGUGCACAGAUAAAACUGCACACAUGGAACUGAACACAUGCUUCCAUUGAUGGAGUCUCUUGUACAUACUGUAGUAGAACUGUUACCAUUUGUACUGAGGAAACAUCAAGUCCUCGCCUCGAGGGAAACCUGUGAACAUGAAAUCAGAUAUGUUUGUGCAGCCAGGUAAAUUGAUUUCUCGUGGAAAGGCAGAUUGAAUGUAAUUUAAUUUUAUUAAAGGUGAUGCUUCAUGUCA